AUGAAACAAUCAGUAAUAAAAUAUAAACAAAAAUUUAUUCAUGAUCAUAUUGAUUACGAUGUUUAUGAUGACUAUGAGAAUUAUACAGAUCAAAAUAUGACAAAUUUUAUUUUUCCUAAUGGUACAACAGCUGUUGAUGAAUAUGAAUAUGAUGAUCUAGAUUCAGAAGAUGAAAGGGAUAAAUUUGAAGAAAUUGAAGAUAUUUUAGGAAUAUGCGAUCAGAUAAAUUGGAAUGUUAUGAAUAAUGAUUCUACACUUAUAUACUAA